UCUUGCUUCUAUUUGCCAACGACACCUUUUUCUGUGGAAUUCUAGUUAAAAAAGCACGUAUGUUCUGCAAUGAUAUAUAUAUAUAUAUAUAAUAUUAUAAUUGUUAAACGAGUUAAUUAAAGAUCAGGAAUAUAUUAGAAUUCUGGAAGCGCCACUCAAACGGAUAAUCCAUUAAUAUAUUAUAGAGCCGCGUGGAAUACACCCAGAUUGUGAUAAGAGGAAUCUUUGAGCUUUUCCAUGGUGUCAUUGGUGUUCUAUCUGUCUUUCCCCCUUCCUCCACCCAUGGUGAAGACUGAAGCCUCCUUAUAGAAACAAGAAUGUUUUCUAAAUCCCUAGAUAACGCAGAGUGCAGAGAUAUAAAAUAAAAAUAAAAAUGAUCACUUCUUUAUUUUGGAUGAAGAAAUUAAAGCAAUUCAGAAUAAGAGAAUAAAAAGGGUAAAAAUAUGGCAUAAAUCGACCGUAUGGUAUCAAAAAAAAGCGUUGAGGAAUAUUUGGUUUCUUCCAGAUCGGUGGGCAGGUUGAUAGUAAAAGUUUUCUGGAAAGGGGACACCACUGACACCAAGUGAACAUUACAAAUUCACAAUGAUGGUCUUUCUUCUUUUCCACAACCUGAUUUAUUUGCUUACUGGGUUGGCUUAUAUAUUCCAAAAGUAAAUUGCCGAUUCACCACCAUCUCCCUCCUUAACACACAAAACAAUGAGGGGAAAGCAACAAAAAGUUCCUACAAAAUUAGGCAGACGUACCUAUUUUUCAGUGACAAGGUGAACGAUUGCUCUGUGUCUAUGCCUUGCUUGGGCCUUGGAUUACCCACUCCACUCCGCAUAUACCUCUCCAGUCUCCCUCUAUAUAGAGCUGUUAUAGAUACUAUAUAUACAUAGCAUACACAGAAACCAUAUUAAUUAUACAACUGAAAGAGGUAGAGAGAGAGAGAGGGAGAGAGAGAGAAUUCAUGGAAUGCAGGCAAUAUUAUCUGGACGCGAUGCUGGUGCCAUUAGGUGUGCUGAUAAACAUUGCCUAUCAUGCUUGGCUGUGUCAUAAAGUCCGGACACAGCCGCUCACAACCUUCAUCGGAACAUAUUCAAAGGCACAGCUUUUAUGGGUCCCGGCAAUCAUGAAGGACAUUGACAAGAGGAACAUCCUGGCGGUCCAAACUCUGAGGAACACGAUCAUGGGAUCGACCCUGAUGGCCACCACGUCAAUCCUUCUUUGUGCCGGCCUCGCAGCAGUGAAAAGCAGCACGUAUGGAGUCGCAAAGCCACUCAACGACACCGCCGAUAAUGGGGGUCAAGGCGAAUUCAUGGUGUUGUUAAAACAUGUGACGCUCCUAAUCACCUUCCUGUUGUCGUUUUUCAGUCACUCCAUGUCCAUAACGUUUCUGAACCAAGUGAACAACCUGAUUAGCACGCUAGAGGACCCAAAGUCGAUAGUGACGCCGGAGUAUGUCUCUCAUCUUUUGGAGAAGGGCUGCUGUUUGAACGCGGCGGGCAAUAGAAUUUUUUACCUCGCGCUUCCUCUUCUGCUUUGGUUCUUUGGGCCACUGCUGGUUUUCUUGUGUUUUCUCGCAAUGGUGCCACUGCUUUACAACCAUGACUUUCUGUAUCAGUGUGGGAAUCCAAAGGUGAACCACAUAUGUAGAUGAAUUAUAAUCACAGUAUGAAAUGGAUUUCCUUGCAUUAUUUGCCUU